AUGUCUUCAGAAUACACCGAUGUGGAUGCGCUAUCCGAAUCUGAGUCUUCUACUUCAACCGAUGUGGGUGCGAUAGAAAGUUCUCGGGGCUCCCCUGAGUCGUACUCUGGAGGUGACUCAGAGUAUUCAGCCGAAUAUUCUGUCUGCUACGACUCGAGCUCCAGCGAUGCGGGUCAUGCGGGUCUGCCAGACUGGGAAGAUGCUUGCAAGCGGGCAAAGCGUGAGCCCUUCAAGUGCCACGGACUGAACAAGAGGCAGCGAUCUUGUGUAUCCGGCUGGGCAAACUCUAUGUUGCUCCGUACAGGAAUGCUUGCCAGAGUGAAACGCUUUCUGAAGUACGAAUUCCCUGUGAUGUCCGACUGUUCAGGCGCGGAAGGCGGCAUUCUUUCGCUGCAGGCCUUGGGAGUCCAGGCGAUUGAUCACAUCUCCAGCUCCGAGAUAAACUGCAUAGCGACGGAUUUCAUCGCUAGGUUUAGUGUGCUUCGGGCGGAUACUGAUCUCCUGACUGGGAAUGAGGUUGAAACCAUAUGGUCCGUGCUCGGGUUCACUCGGAGCUUCGGGUUCCCCUUUAAAGUCCUCGAGAACGUCAUGGGAAUUAAGCGAUGCCUGGGUGCAGUACAAGCCCGGCUCAGGAGGCUGAAAGAGUAUUAUCAUGGCAUCAUGGAGAUUGACAGCAAGGCCAUCGGCGACGUCGCUAGCAGACCGAGGCUCUACUGUAUCGGCAUCCACAGGAGUGUCGCAGCCCCUGGCAUCUCCUCGAAUGCGAAGCUACAGAAUGCCCUGGACAGCAUCCUUGCAAAGGCUAAGAAAACUGCCCUCCACCAACGCCUUGGUAUGACCUGUUGCUGGAUGAUGUGGACCAAGAGGCACCCCCCAAAAGGCGGCUGCAAACCCAGUUCGAUCUUCGCUAUGAGAAGCUCGGCCUUGCAUCUAACUUUGGUACUGCAUGUCCUCACACCUCGUCAUGUCACUCACCCCAGCCCAGAGAAUAUCGAUGCUUCGGCUUUUGAGGCCUCAUGA